UUCUAUUUUCUUACAAGAAAAAAAAAACCCGAUGUUUUAAAUCACGCCAUUUGCAACCAAUAUUGCCGCGUUCUUUUUCUCGGACCUCACAGCUCUGAAAUUACAGGAAAAUAAGACUAUUUUUGAAUUUCAUCAGUUAGCCAUUGCAGGCAGCAAAGAAAAGAAGAAGAAAGACGAAGAAUAUCGAGUUUCGGAAGAGAAAUUUGCUGUAUUUGUAAAUCAGCUAGAUCAAAUGAAAGUAAAAGCGAGAGCUAAUUCGAACGCCGGUGGAAAUCUAGGGUUACCGGCUGUGUUUUUUCUCUGUUUCUUCUUUUUUAUUGUCGGAUUUUUCUCUUGCACUCUUAUAUUUCAGAUUUCAUGGAGUGCGGGAUUAAGACAGAGAAUGCUUGAAUCGAACGAUGUUGUAGAUACUGCAGCUCUUGAUCUUGUGCCCGCUGGAGAAUCUGGCGAUGAUUUUAUUUCUUCUAUUCCUUUUCAGGUCUUGAGUUGGAGACCUCGUGCAGUAUAUUUUCCUAACUUUGCAACUGUAGAGCAAUGUGAAAGCAUUAUUAAUAUGGCAAAGGUACAGCUGCGGCCAUCAAGAUUGGCAUUACGGAAGGGAGAAACAAUGCAGAAUACACAGGGAGUCAGAACAAGUUCUGGCAUGUUUAUUAGUGCGGAUGAAGAUAAAACUGGAAUUUUGGAUUUUAUUGAUGAGAAAAUUUCAAGGGCCACUAUGAUUCCCAGGGAACAUGGGGAGGCAUACAAUGUCCUACGCUACGAGAUUGGGCAGAAAUACAACUCUCACUACGAUGCAUUCAAUCCUUCUGAAUAUGGUCCACAGAAAAGUCAAAGGGUUGCUUCUUUCUUAUUGUAUUUAUCCAAUGUCGAAGAAGGUGGAGAAACCAUGUUUCCUUAUGAGAAUGAUAACUUAGAUUACAAUUAUGAUUUCAAAGAGUGCAUCGGUUUGAAAGUGAAGCCGCGGAGAGGAGAUGGACUUCUUUUUUACUCAUUGUUCGUAAAUGGAACUAUCGAUCCUACUUCAUUACAUGGAAGCUGCCCAGUCAGUAAAGGGGAAAAAUGGGUGGCAACCAAAUGGAUCAGGGAUCAAGAACAAGAAUAGCAUACUCAUGUAGAUUUAUAGUUGGGAAACAGAGGGAAAUUUUUGUCCCACACAAGGUAUUCAUUCCACAAACUUUGUACAAAUGUACUCAGUCGGCGCCCCUAAAUAGUCAAUUCCCCCUAUAUGGGACCCACUUGAUUGCUGCAUUAGUGUAAUUGUAAUGUAUUCAUACAAAUGAUUACUUCGAUUACGUUAUACAAGGAAGCCCUCAUUUUGUGUAACUCAA